AUGGGUUCAAUCGAGAGAGACACAACAGUCGACCUAGAUGUGGUCAUCGUUGGUGCUGGCAUUUCUGGCAUCAAUGCAGCAUACCGUGUACAGACCGAGCUGCCAGGAUACCAAUAUAUUAUCCUAGAAGCUCGAGAUGCGAUUGGAGGCACAUGGGAUCUCUUUCGAUAUCCAGGCAUCCGAUCCGACUCAGACUUACAUACAUUUGGUUUCCCUUGGAGACCAUGGUCUAAGAGCAACUCCAUCGCGGACGGCCCCUCCAUCCGCAAAUACAUUCGCGAGUCUGCCGAAGUCAAUGGCAUCGACAAGAAGAUUCGCUUCCAACACAAACUGCUGUCGGCCCACUGGUCAUCCAAGACUCAGAGAUGGACACUCACAGUGGAUGCUGAUGGGGAGAAGGCACAAUUGAGUGCAAGAUUCAUCAUCUACAGCACUGGGUACUACGACUACAACACACCCCUGAAAGCCAACAUUCCUGGCAUUGAAGACUUUCAAGGCAAGACUAUUCACCCCCAGUUCUGGCCUGAAGACUACGAUUAUUCGGGGCAGAAGAUCAUUAUCAUCGGAAGUGGUGCUACGGCAAUCACUCUCCUCCCCAACCUAGCAGAGAAGGCUGCUCGAGUCACCAUUCUCCAACGCAGUCCUAGCUAUAUCAUGGCCCUCCCAGCCGUGGAUGCAACAGGUGAAUUCAUCCGAAAAUGGUUCCCAGCCUGGUUCGCACACACCAUCGUGCGGUGGAAGUUCCUCAUCCUCCCCUUCAUCUUCUUCCAAUUCUGCCGAGCCUUCCCCAACGCCGCCCGCAAAAUCAUCCAGGGCAACACCAAGCGCCAACUCGGGAAAUGCAACAUCCCCAUCGAUCCGAACUUCAAACCUGCAUAUAACCCUUGGGAACAGCGGCUGUGUGUUUGUCCGGAUGGGGAUUUCUUCAAGGCGCUGCAUAGAGGAAAUGCGGAUAUGGUGACGGAUACUAUCAAGACCGUCACAGCACACGGUAUCACGACCACCUCGGGCAAGACCAUCGAUGCGGACGUCAUCAUCACCGCUACUGGCUUGAAAAUGCUACUUGCCGGCGGCUCCCAAAUCACCGUCGACAGCAAGCACAUCGACGUCUCCACCAAAUACGUCUGGAAAGGCGUCAUGCUCCAAGACGUGCCCAACGCCGCAAUCGUAAUCGGGUACACCAACGCCUCGUGGACGCUCGGCGCCGACGCCACGGCGAGACUAGUCUGCAGGUUGCUGAAGCAGAUGGAUGGGAAGAAGGACGGGGCUGUGACGCCGACGAUUGAGCCGGAUCUGAAGAUGAGGAUGAGGCCGAGUCCGAUGCUGAAUCUGAAUUCGACGUAUAUUGAGAAGGCGAAGGGGGAGCUGCCUAAGUCUGGGGAUGUAGCGCCUUGGAAGCCGAGGAGUAAUUAUUUGUCGGAUUAUUGGGUUGCGGGGUAUGGGGAUUUGAGGGAUGGGUUGAGGUUUUCGAAGAUGUUGAAGAAGGUUGAUUGA